AGUCUAAUUAAAGUUACACAUGCAUGCCAUAUGACAUGUUUAGUUGAUAACAUCACUUGCUAAUUAGGGACUACAAAUAAAAAAGGUUUUCAAGAAUCUUAAUCCAAAGCAAAGUAGCUAGUCGGCACGUGCAAGAAUCUUAAAAAUCCAUAGCAAGUACGUACGUGGCUACAUGCAAAUAUUUCCCAGCAGCCUAUAAAAGGCAAGCCAUGGCGGCAUGCCCAGCACACAACAACACAAGAAACCACAUCGAUCAGCCAACCAUUAAUUUCCAAGCUAACAACGAAACCCAGAACCCUUCCAGGCAGCGCCACAGCCAUAAUCAGCAACCUGAUCAAAAGCUGCCAGUGCCAAUGGACCGUAUGGCGAAGCUGGCGUCGGAGCGCGCGGUGGUGGUGUUCACGGCGAGCAACUGCAGCAUGGGCGACGUCGUGGCGUCGCUCCUGAACAGCCUGGGCGUGAACGCGGCCGUGCACGACCUGGACAGGGACCCCCGGGGCCAGGAGAUGGAGCGGGAGCUCGCCAGCAGGCUCGGCGCCGGCGCCGGCGGGCGCGGAAGCCCCGCUGUGCCGGCGGUGUUCGUGGGCGGCCACCUCGUCGGCGGGACCAGCAGGGUCAUGGCGUUGCACCUCGCCGGCGAGCUCGUGCCCAUGCUCAAGAGCGCCGGCGCGCUCUGGCUAUAGGAUGGAUCGAGCAGACGACGAGAACGCGCACACGCAUGCAGGCAUCGCUAGCUUUUCUUUCCCUCAUAUAGUAUACAUGAUGGAUGAGGACAUGCAUGUCAAGAACGAAGAAAAGGUCGAUGUAGAAGAGUGUGCGUGCGUGAAUGGCAGUUUUUUUUAUGCCUAACGCUGAUAUAUAUAACAACUGUUUAAAUGUACAAUGUUUCCAAUGCUUUCAUCAUUAGGUCGAUGAAAACUCAUCAGUUGUACCAAUCUGAUUUCAAUGCAAAGCACUAAAAGGAUUAAAAAAAGAA